AUGUGGACCCAACACCAACUCCUUGUGAAACAACAUCAGUCACUGGCCACGCCCCUGUUCUCUUCCCCAAACCCCGCCCUCCUUUCUCAGUCACCGCUCCAGGUCUGUCAGUUAACACGGUUCCGCCCACUGUGUUGUGGCGCCCCCGUCGUCUGGCACGUAGAACCCGCCUACUGUCGUACGCCUCCGUUCUAUUGGUCUAAAACUAGUCACUGGCCAUCGGUCAACGCAGAUCCCACCUAUUGCCGCUGGCUCUGCCCCGCCCUGGUGAUGUGGGGUCUGUCGCUGGUCACGUGGCCCCGCCCAGUGACGGGCCGCGGCCUGGGGCUAGGUUGCGCUCGCAGUCGGGAGAUGGGUGUAGGUUGGCUGCGGCCGCUGAGCGAGGCGCAGCUGAAGCGACUGGAGGAGCACAGGUACCGCGCGUCUGGCCGCUCGCUUUUGGAGCCGCCGCUGCAGCUAUUCUGGGGAUGGCUGCUGGAGCUGGUUCCCACCUGGCUGGCGCCCAACACCAUCACUCUGAUCGGACUCGCCACCAACGUUCUGAGUACCCUGCUGCUGGUCUACUACUGCCCCAGCGGCACCGAGCGGGCACCAUCUUACGUGUACGUAUUGUGUGGUCUGGGAUUAUUUAUCUACCAGUCCUUGGAUGCCAUUGAUGGAAAGCAGGCCAGAAGGACCAACAGCAGCUCUCCCCUUGGGGAGCUGUUCGACCACGGAUGUGAUUCCUUUUCUACAGUUGUGGUGGGCUUGGGCACCUGCCUAGCCGUUCGUUUGGGAACAGAUUCAGAUCUGAUGUUUUUCUGCUGCUUCAUUGGCUUGUUUCUUUUCUACUGUGCUCACUGGCAAACCUACGUCUCAGGAUCACUGCGAUUUGCAAAAAUUGAUGUAACUGAAGUUCAAAUCUGCAUAAUGCUCAUCUUUUUCUUGUCUGCCAUUGGAGGAGCCACACUUUGGGACAGUGAGAUCCCAGUAUUAGGAAUAAGGAUGAAAAUUAUCCCAGUGCUUGGGAUAAUGAUGGGAGCAAUCUACUCAUGCGCCAAUUACUUUCAGGUCAUCUUUACUGGUGGGACAGGAAAAAAUGGCUCCACGAUCGCGGGCACCAGUGUUUUGUCACCAGCCAUGCACAUCGGCCUGGUAAUAAUCCUGGCGGCAAUGAUCUACAAGAAAUCCACCACGCAUUUGUUUGAGGAACAUCCAUGUCUCUAUGUUUUAGCAUUCGGAUGUGUGACUUCAAAAGUCACAAACAAGUUAGUGGUGGCACACAUGACAAGAAGCAAGAUGAAACUACAAGACACAGCAUUCAUAGGGCCUGGCCUGCUGUUCUUCAAUCAGUACUUCAAUAGCUUUAUUAAUGAAUAUAUUGUACUGUGGAUAGCAAUGAUCCUGUCUGUGUGUGACCUGCUGACGUACUGCACAUCUGUCUGCACACAAAUCGCCUCCCACCUCCACAUCCAGGUCUUCCGCAUAUCACCACACGCUCCAGAACAGGUGCCGAGACACCACAAGUGACAAUUUGCCCAGCUGGAGGAAGGAGAGUCGCAGGAAGAACUGAGUGAAAGCAAACCCGGAUCAGACACCAAACCCACGUCUCCAAAUCCGGAUCUCACACCAAACCCAGAUCUCACACGAAAUCCACGUCUCCGUAUUAAUUCUACCUUCUGUAAUUAUGACUUAAAUGAAUUGAAUAUUUUGGUAAUGAAUGGGAGAGAUCUGUUUAACCUCCCCACCCACCCAUCAGUGCUGCAAGAAUCUGUGGAAAAUACCGUUUACCCAGCUCAGGAAUCAUCGCAUCAGAACCACUCAUGUUUAUAUGCAAGGCCCUUCUCUGGGGUUCUCAGAGAGGCUCUCCCAUUAGCAACUGUACUUCUAAAUUUAAGCUUUGAAAGCAGAUUGCAUAGAGUUAAGAUUUGUUUCCUUGUCAUUAGAGCCCAAUCCAUGCAGGCCAACCAAGAUUCUACCAACCACACCCUUUGUUUCGUACCAAAUGCUUUUUAAACAUUGUAAUUGUCCCUGCCUCUACCACUUCCUCGGGUACCUCAUUCCAUAUACCCACCACCUGGUCUGGGAAAAGUUGCCCCCUCAGGACCCCUUUAAAUUUCCUUUUCUCUCCAUAAUCAUAUGCUCUCUAAUGUGAGACUCCCUGGGGAAAAGUCUGACCAUCAUCUACCCUCCCAAUGCCCCUAUACUUCUGAUGGAAGGUUUGAAAUGGAAAUGUUGCCCCUUCCUCAGAUGCUGCACCACUUGCUCAGUGCUUCAAUAUUUUCUGAUUUAUUCCGUCCAAAUACAGCUUCCUCCUCCCAAGUUCCCUUCUUUACCCACCCUUGUAAUUCCUUCCUUGCACAAGAGGUAUCUUUCAUGUACCAGGACAUUCAGAAUGUGUAGGGAAGAUUGGAGAAUAUUGUUGUCCUGCUCCUUCACUUGAGUUAGAAGGCCUUGUCUCAUGUUUACUGAAACAGACUGGAAUGGCAGAGCAGACUCAAUGGGCCAAAUGGCCUAAUUCUGCUCCUAUAUUUUAAUCUAACACAGAAGAUACUGGAGGAACUCUGCAGGUCAGAGAACAAAAAUAACAUGCCAAGUUUGAGGCGAGGGCAGAACUCACUGAGUGGUGGGCUGAGCUUGUACCAUCCAACCCCGCAAUGAGCUAAAACUCGAGGCCCAGUGAUUGUCUCAUGUUUUCAGGGAAAUCAGUCACAUCCGAUUCAUUCCCAGGCUGAUCUCUGAACAGGAGCCCGUUUAUCCACCACUAACUUGUUGACAAGCUAGUUAACUUCCUUCCUGUAGAAUGAUAAAGGCAUGAGGGUGAUACCAGAGAGUCAGCAGGUCUCUUUUAGGGAAGCUUGUUUACACACCCAUCUGGUUCAAGGCUGGAACUGGUUUGAAAAUAAAUCUCCUAAUGGUAAAAUUUCUUCAUUUGAUUCAAUAUAAUUCAUUCGUACAUCUCUCCUACCAUUCCAUAUAAAACCAUAAUAUGUAGGAGAAGAAUUAGGCCAUUUUGGCCUAAUGCUCUGCUGAUGCAUUUUCCCUCUCAGCUCCAGUGUCUUACUUUCUGCCCAUAACCCUUCAUGCCCCGACUAAACAAGAAGCCAUAAACCUCUGCCUUAAAUAUACAUAAAGACUAGGCCUCCACGGCUGCCAGCAGAUACACCACCCUCUGGCUAGAGAAAUUCCUCAUCUCCAUUCUAAAAGGAUGUCCCUCUAUUCUGAGGCUGUAUCCUCUGGUCUUGUACUCUCACUACAGUGGACUCUUCUCCACUUAUAUUCCAUCAAUGCCUUUAUGAAUUCUACUUUCAGCCAGUUUUAGAGAAAUGAUCACUAGGUGGUGGAACUUCAUGUCAGUUAUGAGUAUUAAACUUGCCUCGAUUCACUGAAGAAAGGUCCAGACCCUUUGAGCUGGGAGAGUGCCUACAGUGAAAACAUUGGUUCCUUGCACAUUAAACUUAACACAUCUCGCGAUUCAAACCCCAUCUCUAAACUUUGUGCAACGUUAAACCUUUUCCUGCAAAUCAUGAUUUGAGUUCCAACAACCUAUUCUGAUCACUGAUCGAUCAAAUAUCAUGUUGCAGAGCAGGGUAUCUGCCAAUUGUUUUCAGAUCAAGUCGAUAGUCUGAAGCUGGAGGAUCAUAAGUUUAAAUCGUCAUUCCAUGUUAUUUGCUGGUCAGCCGUGUAGUCUAUCCAUUCCUUUCUGGGUGUUAACACAAAUCCUGACUGCACAGUGGGAGCACCUUCAGUACACGGAUUGUAUUGGUUGAAGACUACCAAAACCGUCUCAAAGGGGAUCAGUGAUUAAAUUCUGACGAUGUACGUAUCUUGGGAACAUAGCUUUAAGCUACCAAAACAUGUUAAUUGUGGAAGAGAUUUGUAUUAAAUCAAGUAAGUGAUACACUAACUGGGAACAAGGUGCCGUCUCACCAGAAUAUUGUUUGUGCUGCUGCUUUUCAUUGUUUGGUGCAGGCUUUGUAGUGAAGUUCGGAUCACAAGUUAGAUGCAGUGCUGCUCUGAAUGUUUUAUUGUGGACUUGUGUGAGGACGUGGUGUUUAUGCUGCAGUUUUGUGCCUUCAGGGUGGGAAAUACAUCAUUUAGUUCAACACUAAAUCGUUAUAUGUUCUUUGUACCUUUGUAAUUAAACUAAAACUCAA